AUGUUUAUAUUUUAUUUGUUUGGACUAUUAAUUUGUAGUGAUCAGAUAUUAAUUGAACUAGAGGAGAUAUUGGCCGAUGUGGAAUCAAGAAGAGUGUUUUUAAAAGGUAUUGUGGUAAAACUAAAUGAAGUUCUGAAAUCAGAACAAGAAGCGUUGGAUGGGUACGAUACCAAGGAACUAGCACAGAAAAAUGUAGCAGCACAUUCAAAAUCAGUGGAAUUGGGUUGUGAUUGUCAUAAAAUACUAUUUGACUCUGAGAUUAAACCAAAAGAAGGCUGUACCUGCGGUAUUAAAGAGUAUGCCGUUGAAUCCAAGAAAUAUACAACCCUUAAAAACGCAGUCUUGUUCACAGAAUCAACAAUUAAAAACAACACUGAUGAAGUGAGUGUAUUAAAUAUCAAGGUUCUAAUACUGGAAACAAUGAUUAGUCUACAAAAACCAGUAAAAACUGCAGCAGAAUCAACGAAAUUAGCAGAUACAAUCGAGUCCGCACUGGUUGACAUCAAAACAUCAAUUGAUCCAAAUGAUUUUGCGUUUGCUUUUUGGAUGAAGCAAGAAAUCACGUGGUUUUAUUUGAAAACACUCAAAUGCACCACAGUUGAAGAAACAAAUGCAAAAUUACAAGAAACUGCUGUUAGUUUAAGAAUGCUAGAUUUGGAUAACCUAGUGAAUGAUUAA